GACGCCAAUGCCUUGAAGGUCAGCUUGUCAUCUGCCACGAAGCACAAGGCCAAGUGUUUGCGGAAGACUGACCUUUUGACAGGUGGCUUUUGGCUGUGCGAUGUCACGUUGCCAGAUGACACGUUCCGCGAGUGGUUGAAGAAGGGAACGCUGGUACGUGACCAGGAAGA